AUGUCUAAAUCUAAGAACCAUACCGCUCACAACCAAACCAAAAAGGCUCACAGAAACGGUAUUAAGAAGCCAAGAACUUACAAGUACCCAUCUUUAAAGGGUGUUGAUCCAAAAUUCAAGAGAAACCACAAACAUGCUUUACAUGGUACUCAAAAAGCUUUAGCUGCCAAGCGUGCUGCUAAGAACUAA